GUGUAUUUUUUUUCCCAUGAUUCAUUUCGAGAGGAGAUCGCUCCCAGUCGUCUGUCUCCUGACGGGGGCUCUCUCGUAUCGCACCGGUGCUAAUUAGAACGCGCUAAUCUCCGGCGUGUGUCGUUGUUUCCUCCGCCUCGUCGGAUUUAAUGGGCUUUUAUUUGGACGAACCAUAGUCUCGUCGAACUCCGGCUCUUUUUUUAAUUCCAACGCUCGACGGCAGGGUCACCGCAAAGCCGAGGAUGUCGUACCCGCCUCCGCUCAACCGCCAGCAGAUCGGCAUCCCCCAGCUGCCGCCGAGGAUCCCACCUCCACAGUACGGGGGCUUCGCCUCCGCUGUCCCGCCAGGUACUCCCAUGAUCCCAGUACACAUGGGUGUCGUGACCCCCACACCCACAGUUCUCGUCCCCACCGCAGUCACCAUACAGAAGCCGAUGGCUCUAAAGAAGGACCAGAGCAUCAGAGCCAAGGACGCAGACGACAGCGGUGGCCCCACCACCACUGUGUUCGUGGGCAACAUCUCCGAAAAGGCCUCUGACAUGUUGGUCCGGCAGCUUCUAGCGAAAUGUGGUAUUGUUCUCAGCUGGAAAAGAGUCCAAGGUGCCUCUGGAAAACUUCAAGCUUUUGGGUUCUGUGAGUAUAAGGAGCCGGAGUCGACGCUGCGAUCCCUCCGACUUCUGCACGAGUUGCUCUUAGGUGACAAGAAGCUGCUGGUCAAGGUAGACGCCAAGACCAAGGCUCAGCUAGAUGAUUGGAAAGCCAAGAAGAGGAGCGCUAAUGGGGGAGCCGGUGGCGCGUCAAAGAACGAGGACGAAGACGAGGAGGAGGUUCUCGAUGAAGAAACCUUGCGUAGGGAUCAGGUCGUAAAGGGGGCAAUAGAUGUCCUCAUCCGAGAGUACGCAAGUGAGCUCAACGCUCCCUCGCAGGAUCCCGACAGUCAACCACGCAACAAGAAGAGGAAAGAGAAGAAAGAGGAGGAGGAUAUCAAUGCUAUGGAGAUGGAAGAUGACAAGAGAGACCUGAUAUCCAGAGAGAUCAGCAAAUUCCGCGACACUCACAAGAAACUGGAAGAGGAGAAAGGGAAGAAAGAGAAGGAGCGGCUGGAGAUCGAGAGGGAAAGGAGGGAGAGGGACAAAGAGCGGGAGCGCGAGAGGGAGCGCCGCGACCGCGAAAAAGAGAAGGAAAGGGAGAGGGAGAGGGACAAGGAGCGCGAGCGGGACAGAGAUCGCGACCGGGAGCGCGAGAGGGAUCGCGAGCGCGAGAGGACGAAGGAGCGGGAGCGCGAGAGGGAGCGGGAGAGGAGUCGAGACGUCAGCGAGGGUCGCAGCAGAUCGAGAGAGAGGGCUAGAGAUGAUAAGAAACGAGACAGGGAAGAAGAUGAGGAAGACGUCUACGAACGGAGGAGACUUGAGAGGAGGCUGCGCGACAAGGAGGCAGCUUACCAAGAACGCCUUAAAAACUGGGAGAUCCGUGAGAGGAAGAAAGCUCGCGACUACAGCAAAGAAACAGAGCGGGACGACGAGAGGCGUCGAGAAAUGAUGAAAGAAGCCAAAAGACUGAAAGAAUUCCUUGAGGAUUAUGACGACGACAGAGACGACCCAAAAUACUACAGAGGCAGCGCUUUGCAGAAGCGACUCCGUGACCGAGAAAAGGAGACGGAGUUGGACGAGCGAGACCGGAAGAGGGAGAAGGAGGAGCUGGAGGAGAUUAGACAGAGACUCCUCGCUGAGGGUCACCCCGACCCCGAUGCCGAGCUGCAGAGGAUGGAGGAGGAGGCAGAGCGCAGACGGCAGCCCCCUCUGAAACUUGAACCUGAGGAGGAGGUGGUGGUGAACCAGGAAAAGGCUCACAGAGACCGGGAUCGGGAAAAAAGGGGAUCCGGGAGGCCCGUGGAGCCGGCGCCCCGAUGCCCUCCGCAGCAUUCGGACGACGAUGUGGAGGAAGGGGAGGCGGACGACUACCAUGACGCAGAGGACUCGCAAGAAGCCAAGCCGCAACUCAAACCCAUCAUGCGACCAAUCACCACCGCUCCCUCGGUGUCCUCCGCCAGUGGGAAUGCGACUCCAAACUCACCCGGCAACGAGUCUCCCUGCGGCAUCAUCAUUCCCGGCGAGAACACCCCCGAGGUGCAACCUCCCGAGGAGCUUCGGCCCAAGAUCGGUCUCAGUCUCAAACUGGGUGCCACCAACAGUCCCAGCCAGCUCAAUGUAGGAAAGAGAAAGAAACUGGCGACUGUGGAAAGUGUUUUCAACAAGUUCGACGAGGAGGAGGCCGACGAGCAGCCUCGCAAACGGAAACUUGUUCCGCUCGACUACGGCGACGACGACAAGAGCCUGGGGCUGGACGGGGCGGAAAUUCCAGGGGCCAAAGGAAACAUCAACACCGAGGAGAAACGCAAGCACAUAAAGAGCCUUAUCGAGAAGAUCCCCACGGCCAGACCGGAGCUUUUCUCCUACCCUCUGGACUGGACCAUGGUUGACUCGACCCUGAUGGAUCGUCGCAUUAAACCGUGGAUCAACAAGAAGAUUAUUGAAUACAUUGGCGAGGAGGAAGCCACUCUCGUCGAUUUUGUCUGUUCAAAGGUGAUGGCACACAGCACCCCUCAGGGUAUUCUUGAUGAUGUCGCUAUGGUUCUCGAUGAAGAAGCGGAAGUUUUCAUAGUAAAAAUGUGGAGGCUGUUGAUAUACGAAACAGAAGCCAAGAAGAUCGGACUGGCAAAAUAAAAGACCACACGUCUCUCGGACUGACUGACUUCCUCAGCUCACGGUGCUGCUACCUGCAGCUCUCGUGUCCAGCGGACUGUAAACAUGUGCCCAUGCACGCCUCCAUUCCCUUCGACAAGGAGCUGCCGCCUUGUAUAUGCGUGUGUCAGUGCGCAUAUGAGUGUGUGUCUGUGUGUUUCGAAGGGGAAAUGUCUUGAGCUGCGAACAGAAAGGAUUUGCACAAAAACACUGCAUGACAAAACAUUUGUUGUAUUUUCUUUUUUCCCCUUUUUCGACGCUGUCAAGGCUAAAGACGGUUUCAUUUCACCCAUCCGUUCUCCAGGAAAUUGGACACGUGCUUUGAUUUACUGUUGACAUGUCAAGGCAUUGCUCCGUUGUGUGAACUAAUAAAUAUGCCCUUUUUUAGAAAA